AUGAAUUUCACCCUGAUAAGCAAGCACAAUACAAUCGCUUCUCUGGAGGCGUCGAAUGACAAAUUGGAGGCCUUAGAAGGGCACGAAGAGGAUUUAACGGCAUGUCAGGAGCAGGCUGCCACCAUAGUGGUCAUUAAUGGGCCUAAUACUCUUUGA